AUGCUCAGCACUUGCGCCAGAAGAAUGAAGUUAUUCAAUCUAUUUCUUUUCUGGUGCUCGGUCUUGUCCACCCACGUAUUAGCCAACAACAAUGCCGCUCCCUUCGAGCUUCUGCACUAUUACUACGUGUACAAGAUGGAAUGGGACGCGGGAGUUGAAAAAACCAUUGCCCCUGGCUGUGCCACUGAGCAUAAUGAGAUGUGUUUCUUCGACCAGUUCGCAAGGUAUCUCAUAGGAAAGGAGUGGAAGGCUGCCUACCGACCCGGCCGCGCCGAUCAUACCAAAACCCCGGGUUGGGACGCUGCCAAGAAGCUAUCGACUGGUAUGCCCAAAUCUGCGCGGUACAACCUAAAAGCCCUGCUACCUUCCAUCAAUGUCGAUGCAAAAAAUUUUCCCCUCGUCUUUGAGACUGUUCUUCACUCCGCCAAUACUGCUAUCAAAAAGGAAAAAGAAAAAGUGAAGAACGAUGACGUGCAACAAGCGGUAGAAUGGGCCCAGGAAGUCAAGGACAUGCGCUAUGAGGAUGUCUUUAAAGCCGAAAUUGAGGUGCUCAGAGACGUCCUUGGCGACGACGCAUAUGGUCGUUAUGUCGUCACCGGGGGUGGGUCUUCAUUCGAUUGGGAUACUACCUUAGAUGGGAUCGACGACGACGUUGAUGCUAAAAAACUCAGUGACGAAGAUGCGAAAAGGCUCAAGGAGAUCAUUGAUGAUUUCCCUAAUAUAUUCAACGAUCGCAUUGCUACCGGAGAUAUUUCCGACAUGAAUCACAUAAAUAUAAUGAGGGCUCUUGAGACUUCCAUCACUGCUUUAACGGGGGAAAUUGAAGAAAGUUCUUCUGAGAGUGAUGACGCCAGUCCAAAGUCCGUGCCAGCUGAUACGUGUGAUAACAUUGAGUUCGCUUUCGACUCAGACUGA